AUGGAACUUGGUGCUACUGUAGCUGCCCUGGCGGGUGGCGCGACCACAGCGGCUUAUCUGAAUGCGAAAUACAGCCUGUUCAAAGAUGCACGAACUAUCUGGACCAUUUCUAGGAGUCGGCCUGGAGCCGCGCGUGCUGUUGCGCGAGGAGACGUCAAUGGCUGGUUUAAAUUCGUCCAGACAGUGAAGAAAUACGGUGGCUCGGUAGCCGUUUGGACUAGGGAACGUUCAUACACCUAUCGCGAAAUUUACGAAGAAGCAUGCCAAUUUGCGCAUUACUUUUUAUCUGAAGGUGUAAGGAAGGGCGAUCUUGUGGCUCUGUAUCUCCAGAACCGCGCAGAAUUUCUGAGCGCCUGGUUGGGUCUUUGGAGUAUUGGAUGCGCACCAGCUGGAAUCAACUUCAACCUUUCUGGUGAUGCCUUGGUCCACUGUUUGAAAACUAGCGACGCGAAACUCGUUUUAGCGGACGAGGAUCCCACCUGCCGUGCUAAUAUUGAGGGAUCUCAAGCUGCCUUGGCCGAUCUUGGAAUGAAGGUCGCGACGUUGGAUGACUCUUUCCGAGCCCAUAUUCACAGUUUACCGGCAACUCCUCAGCCAAAGGAACUAGCAAUGAAUGUCGCCGCAGAUUUCCCGGGUAUUCUCCUCUACACAUCCGGUACAACUGGAAUGCCCAAAGCGACCCCUUUUACUAUGGCUCGACUAUAUGCUGGGUUCACGGAACGAAUUGCGCCUGUCGGUGAUACUCCCGGCCCGAAUGGAGAUCGCUGGUACAACUGCAUGCCGUUGUAUCACGGCACAGCUGCGAUUGUUAUCAUAGCAGCCUUUGUGCAAGGAACCAGUGUCGCUCUGGCUCCUAAAUUCAGCGUUAGCAAUUUCUGGAAGGACAUCCGUGACUCGGAGUCUACCCUUUUCGUGUAUGUGGGAGAAACAGCUCGCUACCUCCUGUCAGCACCGCCAUCUCCCCAUGAUCGCAACCACAAAGUACGUGGAAUGUGGGGCAACGGUCUUCGUCCGGAUAUCUGGGAUCGCUUCCGUGAACGAUUCGGCAUUGAAGCAAUUUAUGAGUUCUUCAAUAGUAGCGAGGGUGUCUUUGGUUUGUUGAAUGUUAACCUUGGUCCUUAUACGUCUGGGUGUGUUGGUCACCAUGGACUGUUGAUGCGAACAAUACUCCGAAAUACAUACGUUCCUGCUGCGAUUGACCCUGAAUCUGGGGAUAUUAUUCGUGAUAGCAAGACUGGCUUUGCUAUUCGUCAGACUAUGGAGGAAGGUGGGGAGAUCUUGGUGAACAUCCCGAACGAGCAGGCUUUCCAAGGAUAUCGGAACAACGAAGAAGCUACGAAGAAAAAAUUCUUGCGUGAUGUUUUUAAGAAGGGGGAUCUUUACUACCGCACAGGUGAUGCUUUGCGAAGAGAAAGUGACGGUCGUUGGUACUUUGUCGAUAGACUUGGUGAUACAUACCGCUGGAAGAGUGAGAAUGUCUCAACGGCAGAGGUCUCUGAAGCCCUCGGUCGAUUCCCAGGUAUCAUCGAAGCCAAUGUAUACGGUGUUCUUGUACCCAAGCACGAAGGUCGAGCCGGUUGCGCAGCUCUCCAGAUUGACCCAGACGCACUUCAAAAAUUCGACUUUGCAGAGUUUGCCCGCUUUGCUCGUUCGAAGCUACCCCGAUAUGCGGUCCCUGUUUUCCUGCGCGUGGUUGACAACCCAACUCACAUUCACAAUAAUAAGCAGAAUAAGGCGCCUCUGCGGAGCGAGGGUGUGGAUCCUUCAUUAAUCGGUACUAAGGUUCCUGAUGGGGCUAGUAAUAAAAUCUUUUGGCUUCCUCCUGGUGAGAACGCUUAUCAGCCUUUUGGUGAGAAGGAGUGGGAGGUAUUGACGAAUGGGGGAGCGCGUUUGUAA